GUUUAAAUUGCGGUGAAAUCCGAGCUUAAUCCUUUGCCGCAGCUGGUGGCAAGAUAGUAUUGACUACGACUGUCGUAUGUGUAUACCAUGGAUGGUAGUUGGUGUAGCUGAAAAAAAUAUGCUAAAUCUACAAAAAUGCCUGCAAACGAAGUGGAAUAUAACAACUCUUCAGGAGAAGUUAUAAAGGAUUAUAUCGGCGAACCAGCGGCGGAUGGUGAGCACAUGCUUUCAAGCGUCGUAGUCAUGCGUGAGGGCCCCGUUGAGGACAAAACUUGUUGGUCAAGGUUCCGGAAUUCAACGAAGAUUGUAAUUAUCAUCGUGUGUCUUUCGUUAUUCAAUGACAGUUUGCUGCUAACGUUGGUUGAUCCGAUCUUACCGGAAAUGCUUUACGAUUUGGAACAUCCCCAGCAAUCGGAAAACGAUUCCAAUAUUCCAAACGACACUUUAUCGGUGUUACAAGACAGAGACGUGAAUAAAGACAUAAAUAACCAAGGCCGUUAUGGCUACCUGAUUGCAGCCAAGGGCAUUGCGCAGUUCGUAUGUAAUCCAUUCGUCGGUUAUAUUGUAACAAGAUUUGGUUACCGGAAACCGAUGUUGUUUGGUAGCUUGGUCCUUCUCCUCUCCACAUUAGCUUUUCCCUACAGUAAAACUUAUUCGAUGCUGAUAGUUACUCGAGUGUUACAAGGAAUCUCGUCCUCGCUGACAGCGGUAACAGCUCUGGGACUUGUAGCAGCAACAUUCAAAGAUGAUUAUCGCCGGGGAAAUGUAAUAGGCUAUGCUUUUAGUGGAUUAUCCAUUGGAAUUAUCGCUGGUCCCGUGUAUGGAAGUCUUCUGUUUGAAUUCGUCAACCCUGCAUUUCCUUUCAUUCUUCUAUCUGGUAUCAUGAGCUUCGCUAUAUUUCUGCAGUUAUUAACAAUGAAGAGAGAAUCCUCGGUGAAGCACCUACAUGGCUCCCUCUGUACAUUACUCAAAGAUCCUUACAUCAUCAUUGUCGCAUUAAAUAUUUUUUUGCUGAAUCUCGAUGUCUCAAUUGUAUUGGCGUUCUUACCGAUAAGACUUCUUGAACUGAUAGAUGCUUCCACUUGGCAACUUGGAAUCGUUGUUCUACCGACAUCUGUUGGAUACUUGGCUGCUGGUUUAAUAUUUCCUCGUCUCGUCAGAUGGUUUCCUAGGUGGAUUCAAGGUCUCGUUGGUUUGUUCUUCAGUUCCCUGUGUCUUAUGGCGCUAGCCUACUCCAUAACGUUUACGAUGAUGUUGGUGGUGACGUCAUUCCUCGGUCUUGCAGUUGGUUUGAUCAGUACAUCCAUGCAGCCAAUAUUUGCGCUUGUGGUUGACAAGCGUCACAGUGACGUUUAUGGUAACGUCUAUGCUAUAUCUGACAUGGCCGUGUGUUUAUCAAUGAGUUUGGGUCCGUUAGUUGGCGGUCCACUUGUUUAUGCUUAUGGAUUCCAGAGUUUGGUCUAUGGCGCUGCAAUACUGGAUAUGGUGUGUACACCAGUAACUAUAUUUCUCAGAGACAUCCCAGGAAAGAAAAAGAUCAACAAUGAAAAGGCUCCAUUAUUGAAGGACAACGACAAUUCAGCAGGACAUCCCUCAGCAUAAUCUUGUGAAUGCUAAUAAUUCUUCAAAUACAGCAUUUGGAUCUUAUAUGGCAACAGAAACAGAAAUUAUGACAUUAUUCAAAGACUCAAAUUUUGUCUUUUGUAAAUUUGAAAGAAUGAAACAUUCCCGAUGAUUGCUUAAUUAAUAUUCUUAAUAAAGAAAAUCAAGGAUUUGUAUAUAGUAACAUGUAAUUUUACAACAUGCCACAAUCAUAUUCUUGGAACUGAAUCUCUAUACUUUCACAACAUUCCCAUAAACUUUGAAGAAACUUGCAAAGACAAAUUCUUCUGCUGUGAUAGUAUUCGGCUCAAGGAACGAGUUAAUUAUUGGAAACUAAAGGAAUAUUGAAGAGAACAAGAUGGUAAACCCUUUUGAUGCCAACCUGCUUGAGACUGUACUUGGUUCUAAAGACAGAAGCUUCCUGUUUCAAUCCUUUUGGUACCAAGUUGCACAAGAUCACCUCGGAUUAUUGUUUAAAAGUGAUGAAAGAACCUUCCAUUAAAAUUUCAUCUUUAUUUAUGUUCCAAACAACAGCAUAAUGAUAGCAAAGCUAUUUUAUCAAAUUCUUCAUUAUUUUCAAAAUUAAUUGAAAUAAAAGAAUUGUAUUUUAGCAGGAACAUGGUAAUAAAAGGGUUAAAGGGAUCCAAAUUAAAAUUUUCCAUCAAAAUUUCAUAUUAAAAUAUGUUUCAACAACCAGUUUAAUAAUGACAAUGUUAUUUUUGUAAAUUCUUCAGUUUUGAAAAUUAUUUGGAACAAAGGCAGUAUAUUUCAUUAGAAAUAUGGUAACAAAAGGGCUAAAUCCAUUGUUUUUUGUCUGUGAAGUGUCUUCAAUAUUGUGAAGUUGUUUGAGUGGACAAAUGUUAUUGUUGGCCCCUGCCAUGGCAGCAGUAAUUCCAGACAGCAUUAUCAAUGCAAUACUCCUCCCUAUUUUCCAGUUUGAUUUUAAUUAAUAUCAUCAUUUCUUAACUUUUAAAUCUUGGAUGAAUUUUUACUUUUUAUUCUACCAAAAAUGGUUAAAGCAUUGAAAUAAAUUCUUCAGUUCAGAGUUUCAUCCUCACAAUCUGAUCCAGGAAACUGAAAUGUUGUCGAGUUCAUCCAUUUUGAGAAGAUAUCGAAAUAAAUCCAACCAUACCCACCAAUUUGAUAACAAACAUCACAAUUAAAAUACACAAAUAGUUUCGGCAGUUUACUAUGGAAAAUCCCUAAAAAAUGUUUUAUUUUUUUAUUGUAUUAAAAGGGAUAUUUUUUUCCCAACAAUUUGCAUCUUAUUUGAGUGAUUUUAAAAAAAGAAAUGUGUGGUAAAGAAAUAAAAUGGAAUGCUGAUAAUAAAAAUGUACAUUAUAAGAAUUGAGAAACAUUGAGAGAACGUGAAAUAAUUUGUUUUUGAUGGACUCCAAGUAGAUAAAACUAUAAAUGAAAACAUAUAAAUAUUUUUUCAGUCCAAAGGGAUUUUUUAAAACCAAUUUUUAUACAUUAUUAUUUAUAGCUGUAUCUACUUCAAGUUCAACCAUUAAAAAUGAUUUAUUUAUUUCACAAAGAUGAGUAACAAAAUUUAAAAUAAUUCUUGCUUUUCUUUCCAAAAAUUGUAUAAACAUUUUCCAUACUUUCUGCCAAAUCAAUUCUGAAAUGAAGAUAUUUAUCAAAGAACAAUCUCAAUGUCGACAAAUAUUUUAUAAAGUCAAACGAAAUUUCAUCUAAAUUAAAUUUAUACAACAUAAAAGCUUCAACUAACACAUUUGUUAGUGUUGAUAUUGUUCAUAUUUUUAAACUCUUCCAAAAUAAAACGAAAGAAAUUUCAAAACAAAUUUUUUUUCCUUUAUAUUUUGCAUGUAUUAAUAUGAAUGCACCACCACCUCCAACAACAAAAACAACAGCAACAACAGUGAGUUUCUCAACUUAAUGUGGGUGCGGGGGAAACAAUGUUAAUAUCUGCCUUGCGGUAUGACAUUAAUAAACUACAGCUAAUAUAUAAAGAAACAAGGUUACUUCAUGAUUCUCCAGCAUUUAAUAUCUAUAUUAAGACUCCAACCUCUUUAGGGCACCAAUAAAAACACUAUUAAUAAAUUAUUAACGUUUUAAGUUGUGUUUUAUUUGGAAUCUAUAAUGCAUAUAUAACUGCAUAGACUAAGUCCAUGGAGAGAUUGUAUACAACACUGUCCCAUGUAUUUAAUUCAGUUUAAUUUAUAAAUGCAGUGUUGGGUGAAGCCUUCAGUUUAUUCUACAAUACAUCAUUACAGCAUCAAAACAAAACACUUCUUCAGGCAUCAAGAAUCUAUUAAUUGAAGUAGCUACUGAAAAUGAAUUAUUUAUGAAACCUCCGUUGUCAUCAGCCUAGCAGAAAUACAGCUCUCCACGUGGUCUUCUUCUAGUUGUAUACAUACAUACAUACAUAAAUACACACAAACACACAUACACACACACACACACACACACACAUACAUACAUACAUACAUACAUACAUAUAUACUUGCAUGCAUACAUACGUACAUUAUUGGGGCCCUGGGAUAUGUAACACACUGCCUAGAUAUCAAUCGUGAGAAAUUAGGCUUCUCAAAACUAGAAAGGAGAAAGCUAAUUCGAAGACUACAGAUCCAAUCCAUCACUGGAACUUCAAAAAUCUGUAAAACUUUCCAAAAGUUUAUCACUUAAAUAUAUAUGAGCAAGUCUAGAUAUGUAAUUAUAUGCAUGAGAAUACAUACAUAAAACAAAACAUAUAAAUCUGCACAUAUACAUACAUACGUUCACACAAAAAUACCUUGUUGUUGAUGUUGAAAUCCCAAGGAAGGAGCCUUGGAUCUAGGUUAGGUACCAGCUCUUUCUCUAUUGGCAAGAAAUCUUGAAAUAAAACUGAAUAAUGGUAUACAUACAUACAUACAUGCAUACAUACAUACAUACAUACAUACAUGCAUACAUACAUACAUACAUACAUACAUACAUACAUACAUGCAUACAUACAUACAUACAUACAUACAUACAUACAUACAUCAUGUGAUAGUAGUUUCAAUUCCCAGACCAGCUACAUGUUCUGUUCAUUACACAUCAUACCAGUGAAUUCACCUGCGAAUGGAUAACCCAGUAAGGGACUAGCCUUCAGAUCAGAGGCAAUAUUUAUUUCUUUAUUGCCCACAGGGGGCUAAACAUAGAGGGGACAAACAAGGACAGACAAAGGGAUUAAAUCGAUUACAUCGACCCCAGUGCGUAACUGGUACUUAUUUAAUCGACCCCGAAAGGAUGAAAGGCAAAGUCGACCUCGGUGGAGUUUGAACUCAGAACGUAGCGCUAGACGAAAUACCACUAAGCAUUUCGCCCGGCGUGCAAACGAUUCUGCCAGCUCGCCACCUUAACCAGAGGCGAUACUGACCUGCUUAUCUGUCCAGCAGGGUGACAUCAUUCAAAAACUAAAAUUAUGCAAAGUGCAUUGUGACCAGCAAUGUAUAACAAUAUCUGAUAAUCUGGUCGAUCACAUGAUAUAUAUAUAUAUACAUACAUGGUCUGAUCAAUAAGUAUCCAGACUAUUGCCACAGUAACAAAACUAAAGCAAGUAGAGUUGCUUGGUAUAAAUUGACCUUGGACUCUGCCGUGCAUGCGCACUAAGUUUUAACGUUCUAGCUCACUUCUUCUGUUUACAGCAGUGCUUGAAAGGAAGGUGUGUAGCGUGUUAUCAUCACAUUAACCAUGAUAGAGAAAGUUGAGCAAAGAAUCUUGAUGAUACCUGCUCAGUGGUCUAUGCAAAGUUUUCACAAAGUUUUCAUCAUACUUGACACAAUCAAGAGUAACAGUUUUUGUGAUAUUUUUGCUGCUCUUUAAUAAAGCAUAUUACUCUA